CUUGAAUUAUUUUCAGUAGCAAUUAUUUUCAGAAUCAGGUUGUAUUUUUAUUGUGCCUUUGCAAAUGAUGUUUUAGCAUUGGUUGGUCAUGGAAGAUUCCUCUCAGGCUUCGGCCAAGGGCCAUCGCAAGCGACAGGCAGGUCCGAAAGCAGACCGUAAGAAGCAGGCCAAGAAAAAUGAAGAUGGCAGUAAGAAGCAAAACGCUCAGCGAAAUGCGAAGGCCUUUACGUUCAAGUCGUCAGUUCGUGCAAAUAGACAGGCACGUAGGACAUUGGAUAUUAAAUCCAAGGCCAUUCAUGUCCCCGUUGUGGACAGAACGCCGCAAGAGCCACCUCCCGUGUUGAUAGCAGUGGUUGGUCCACCGAAAGUUGGAAAAUCUACGCUGAUAUCCAGCCUGGUGAAAAACUUCACUAGGCAAAAUCUGGUUGAUGCCAUGGGGCCUAUCACCGUUGUGAGCGGUCGCAAGCGGCGUUUGACAUUUGUUGAGUGUAACAAUGACAUCAUGUCUAUGAUUGACAUUGCUAAAGUUGCAGACUUGGUUCUGCUGUUGAUCGAUGCCAGCUUUGGCUUUGAGAUGGAGGUGUUUGAGUUCCUCAACAUUUGCCAGGUGCAUGGUUUCCCACGCAUCAUGGGAGUCUUGACACAUCUGGAUCUGUUCAAGCAGGCCAAGACAGUACGCAAGACCAAGAAGCACCUGAAGCAUCGCUUCUGGACGGAGAUCUAUCAGGGUGCCAAGCUCUUCUACCUAUCUGGUCUGUCUCACGGCCACUACCCUAAGAUGGAGGUGCACAAUCUUGGACGGUUCAUUUCGGUCAUGAAGUUCAAGCCUCUCCAGUGGCGUGAAACACAUCCAUAUGUUCUGACGGAUAGAUUUGAAGACUUGACGGACCCGGAGACUAUCCGAGCCGAUGAGAAAUGCAAUCGGACAGUGUCUCUGUACGGUUAUGUACGUGGCACACAUCUGAAAGACGGCUCAUCUGUUCAUCUGGCUGGUGUGGGUGACUUCCCGCUGUCGUCUGUGUCCGAACUGUCUGAUCCAUGCCCACUGCCUGAUGCCGUAAAGAAGCGCCGCUCACUGAAUGAUCGUGAGCAGAAGAUCUACGCUCCUAUGGCAGGCGUUGGUGGCGUUGUUUAUGACAAGGAUGCUGUGUACGUUGACUUGCAUAGCAAGGCUGAUGCCGAUGGAGAAGUCAACGAGAAAACGCUGCUUGCUGAUGACCUAGUGUCUACAUUGGAUACGGCUGAUGAUCUCCAUUCCAAGACAGCCCAGCAGGACUUGCAGUUGUUCCAGGGUGACUCUACAGGUUCUGGCAAAGGCAGUAUGGCUAUGCCACGCUCGGUUGAAGUUGUGGACAAAGACGGCCGUGUGCGUCGACGUGCUAUCUUUGGUGAUGAUAAGCAUGUGGAUGAGGAUGAGGAUGAUGAUGAUGAUUCAGACGAAGAAGAGGAAGGCGACAGUGAUGAUGAGAGCAUUGGCGAUGAAGAGUCCAUGGAGUUCGGAACAGAUGAUGACGGCGAUGAGGAUGAGGAUGACAGUGAUGACGAUGACGAUAUGUGCUCCGAGGAUGAGGAGAGUACCAGUGGUGAAGAGGAAGAGGAUGACGAUGAGGAUGAUGAUGAUGACGACGACGACGAUGACAACGAAGAAGGAGACAUCAGUGAAAUCGGCUCUCUCAAAUGGAAGGAGAACCUCAGGUCGAAAGCAGCUGCCGCCUUCCGCCUCCGCUCCCAGACGGCUCAAAACCUGCAGAAAAUCGUUUAUGGACAAGGGCCUGCCAAGGGUGGCUCAAGUCAAGAGAAAAGUCAAGAUGAGAAGGCUGAUGAUGAUGAUACGCUGCUGAUAACACGCAAGUCAGUCGGAGAGACUAGCCAAGCGGAGAUGAGCGGUACGAUAUCCGAGCGGCCUCUCGAUGAGCAGGUGUGCGCACCAGGUCGGUUCCAUGGCCGCGAUUCGUCUCGGUAUUGUGCUCCCACCACCGUAUGGGAUGACGAGUGCAUGGUCAAGCUGAAGAAUCUGUUUGUGACUGGUGAUGCCGCUGAUGCAGAGCUGAGGGCUAUGAUGCAAGAUGGCGCUGGCUCUGAUGAUGAGCUAUUUGGUGACUUUGAGGAUAUGGAGACUGGUGAAGUGCAUAAAGCAGGCGACAAUGACUUUGACAUGUCAGAUGAUGACGAUGAGUCAUCAUCCGAUGAGAUGUCCACAGGCACUGGAGAUAGUAGCGGUGCUGGUGGUGCUGGUGGUGCUGGCAACAGCGCCAGUGACAGUGGCCCUCGUCCUGGUGAAAGCCAAGAAGACACACGCCGGCGACUGAGAGAGGAAAAGAUCAAGAAGAUGCAGAAGCAGGGUACCGAGCCAGAACAGAGAGACGGUGAAACCGCAUUCUAUGAUGAUAUGAAGCAGGAAGUCACAGAGCAAUCCGAGCGCAAUCGUACACUUUUCGAUGGUGUCGAUGAUGAAACUCGUGCACAACUCGAAGGUUACCGUCCUGGUUCCUACGUGCGACUUGAGAUUCGCGGUAUGCCCUGCGAGUUUGUGGAAAACUUUGACCCGCGCUACCCGGUUAUCAUCGGCGGUCUGCUCAGUGGUGAACAGAACAUUGGCUAUAUACGCGGUCGAAUCAAGAAGCACCGAUGGCACAAGCGUAUAUUGAAGACACGUGAUCCACUGAUCAUUUCGCUGGGCUGGCGCCGUUACCAGACCGUUCCUGUGUACAGCUCGGAGGAGCACAAUCUGAGGCAGCGCUUCCUCAAGUAUACACCCGAGCAUAUGCAUUGCACUGCAACCAUGUAUGGUCCGAUCACGCCGCCGGGUACUGGUUUUCUGGCCAUCCAGUCGUUGAACUUUGGCGUACGUGAGUUCCGUAUCGCUGCAGUGGGUGUGAUAUUGGAGAUGGAGAAGUCACCGAACGUUGUCAAAAAACUCAAACUUGUCGGCACACCGACGAAGAUCUUCAAGAACACGGCGUUCAUCAAGGGUAUGUUUCAGAGCGAUCUGGAAGUAUCCAAGUUUGAAGGUGCUGCCAUUCGUACAGUCAGUGGUAUCCGAGGACAGAUCAAGAAAUCUAUCAAGAAGCCUAUUGGUGCUUUCAGAGCCACGUUUGAGGACAAGUUGCUGAUGAGUGACAUCGUGUUUGUACGUGCCUGGGUGCCCGUCGACGUGCCGAAGUACUACAACAUGGUGAGAUCACUGCUGCAAGAGGACAAGUCGUCCUGGACGGGCAUGCGCACGGUUGGACAGAUGAGAUUCGAACGGGGCAUCACCAUCAAGCAGAAGAAGGACUCCAUCUACAAGCCCAUUGUCCGCGAGAGACGCCGCUUUAAUCCUUUCCAGGUGCCCAAGUCUCUGCAGAAGCAGCUGCCGUUCAAAUCUCGCGAGAAGGACUGGAUCGGGAAGAGCGAACGCUCUCAGCUCAAACCUCAGCACGUUGUACACGACAGUGCGCAGCGCAAGGUGAAUGCCUUGAUGCAGCAGCUGCACGUCAUGCACAAGGAGCAUGACAGAAAGAAGCAUCUGAAGGCGAAGGACAACUACAAGAAGAUGCAGCAGAAGCGCGAGGAGGAGCGGAAGAAGGCCCAGGAUGCACUGGGCCGCAACCGCAAGAAGCACUAUCAGAAAUUGGGUGGCAGUCAGAAGCAAGGCUCUGGAUAGUGGCAGUCAUUGUCUGGAAAUAACGAGCUGAUUAGUAGCAGACAUUGGCUGAAAGCAAAGCGCUGGACACUGUCAAACAGUGGCUGGAAGCAAGGAGGUGGUCAGUGGCAGACAGCGGCUGAACGCAAGGAGCUGAUUAGUGGCAGACAGUGACGGACAGUGUCCUGUAACUGUGACAAGUAGCAUACAGCUAAUGCCUUGAGUGUUCAGCAUCACAUGAAACUGCUGCUAACUAUUUGCCACACCACAUCCGCCCCCACCUUCAUCGUAUAAUGCUCAAGCGAAUUACUUUGAAAUCAGUCCCUCAGACUUUUUAAAGUAUUUAUUCUGGAUUUCAUUCCAUCCUAUAGGCCUAUGAGCCGCCUUCA